ACAAUCUGUUACCUGUGAGUGCCCUUCGGGUUGUUCCUGGCACGCGCGUUUGCAGAAGGUUUACCAUUAGCCACAUAUGCUUCCGAAACUUGGCAGCACACUACUCUGCCAAGUGUUCUCUUGCUUGCUCACACUUUUUUUUUUUUUUUUUUGCCCCCCUUCUAUCUCACUGCCACACGCACAGAGGAACGGUGCUGCGCGAAGCUGUUAGAUUAGUCUCUCUCUGCUUAGUCUUCUUGAUUCCUGGAAAAACCCUUCGCAUUGGUUCUGAACCCGAAGUGCUGAUCGAAAUAUCGGAUGAGGGCCGUCAUGUCUCGUUCGAUCAUCUCAAGGUCGUCGCUGUCCAGAUUCUACACAAUGGUGGCAUCCAGAAAUGAGAGAUUUCUGUGUACAGAUUCUAACAAGAUUGAUGAACCUUUUAAAGCUGAAGUUCAGGAGGCAGAGACUGUAGAUAUUCCCCCACCUCCAACAGAGAAGUUACUUGUAUUGGGGGGAAAUGGAUUUGUUGGGUCACAUAUAUGCAGAGAAGCUUUAGAUCGUGGUUUGUCUGUCUCUAGCCUCAGCAGAUCUGGUAGGUCAUCCAUACAUGAAUCUUGGGCCAAUAGUAUAAUCUGGAAUCAAGGAAACCUUCUUUUGCCUGAUUCAUGGAAGGAAGCACUUAGUGGGGUGACUGCUGUUAUCUCCUGUGUUGGUGGUUUUGGCUCCAACUCAUAUAUGUAUAAGAUCAAUGGGACUGCAAAUAUCAACGCAAUUAGGGCUGCUGCUGAAGAAGGUGUGAAACGUUUUGUUUAUAUUUCUGCUGCGGACUUCGGGUUUGUAAACUAUUUAUUGCAAGGAUAUUAUGAUGGGAAGAGAGCUGCUGAAACAGAGCUACUCACGAAAUUCCCAUACAGAGGUGUAAUUUUGCGGCCAGGGUUCAUAUAUGGGACUCGCAGUGUGGGGAGCAUGAAGCUGCCUCUGGGUGUAAUUGGUUCUCCACUGGAGAUGGUUCUCCAAAAUGCCAAACCACUUAAUCGUCUCCCGCUGGUUGGACCUCUGUUCACUCCUCCUGUUAAUGUUACAUCAGUUGCAAAGGUUGCUGUUAGAGCUGCGACAGAUCCUGUUUUUCCUCCUGGAAUUGUCGAUGUUCAUGGCAUACUCCGUUACAGCCAGCAAAAGCUGUAGUAGCCUAUUCUUUUGUUCGUUGAUGCCCAAAAGAAGAAAAAAAUAUCAAUAACCAGCCUUUAAAUUUUAUGUCAAAUUAGAAAUCAGUGAACUUGUCUGCUGAGUUCAUUUUUGUACUCAACAAAAUUGAAUGUUGGACAUUUAUUUUUUCUUAGUUUACACGGCUGAUGCAAUAAUUAUCCACCUUAAAUUACUGAA